CUCUGUCACCCGCCUUGCCUCGUCCAGCACGGGAGUAACAUGACAUCCUUUCCUUCGUCCCCAGGCCAGGCGUCCGCGGGGCCCCUUGAUGAUGAGCUCAGCGGGUCAGGCUGGGGGCGGCAGGACUCCUCCGAAGACCCAGGAGACGAGAGCACACAUUCCUUGGAGGCUGUAUUGCUGGAGAAGGAAGAAGAGGCAGAGGCCGAGGUAAGUGUUGCCACAUUAUUGCAACGUCGUCUGAAGCAGCAGCAGCAUAGUGCUGCGAGUCGUUUCAUCCACAAGAGACUCCAGCAACACCCCCACCACCCCUCUCACCCCCACCCUAACCACUCCCACCCCCACCCCCACCACCACAAAGAAGCCUUAAAUUCAAGCCUCUUCGAUGACUCUCCUUUGCUGUCUGACCGUGACUACCUCGAGACAAACAGACGAACAAAACAUCUUCAAGAUGAUCCAGCAAGGCUUCAGGAUGCUCACCCAAAUCAGCAUCGGCAUCUAAUCUUUAAAGAACACCAUAGCCAUCAUCACCAUCACCACCACCAUCACCACCACCACCAUAGCAACAGUACUGCCACCACCAGUAGCAGCAGCAGCCUCGACUACUGCAAACAUCACCAAACGCUGCCGAGGAAGAGGCGGAGUAAGCAUCGCCUCAAAAAGCGUCGCCAGACCUCGCAUGGGGACAGCACGCAGCCGGGGCCACUCCUGCAGUUCUCUCAGUCCGAGUAUCGACGAACCGUGACGGAAGAUCUGCCUCGCCACACCUCCAUCCUCACGGUGAGCGUGGACGGCGCGGGGCCGCUGGAGAGGUCACAGCUGAGGUACCGCCUGAGCGACACCGAGAACUUCGGGGUGGACGAGGCCGGUGUCAUCUACAACCUCCGCCGCCUGGACCACGAGGGCUCAGGAGGCCGCUAUGCACUGCAGGUCACAGCCGAGCGGCGAGGCAGCGGACACAGGUGGUGGCCGCGCCCCGCCGCCGCCAUCAUCGUGCAGGUACAGGACGCCCCCGAGACGCCCACGUUCGACUCCCACCACUACCACUUCACCAUCUCCGAGUUCGCCCUGAAAGGAAGCUACGUGGGCCGCGUGAGGGCGAGCGACGACGACGGUGACCUCGACAACUACUUCCUCGAUGGCGCCGAGCUGGCCGACGCGCUCUUCACGAUGGACGCCUCGUCGGGGGUCCUGACGCUGGCCCGGGCCCCGGACGGCACGCGCUGGGAGUUCAACUUGCAAGCCGGAGCAACAGACAGGCGGGGCCACGUGGCGUUGGUUCCCGUCACCGUCUACAUCCUGGCCAGUAACCCGUCGUACGCUCGCCUCGUCUCAGACGACAACGCCCACCGCCCCGUGUUCCCCGACUGCCAGUCCUACGACGACAUCCACGUGACGGAGAACGUGACGGCUGGCAGCCCCGUCCUCCUGGUGCUCGCGACAGACCAGGACACCGGGCGUAGCGGCACCAUCUCCUACUCCCUCAUCCACAGCUUCGGCAGCUUCGCCAUCCACGCCUCCAACCAGCACGGCCAAAUCACCACCACCAGGCGCCUGGACCGUGACGGCGAGGACAAAGAGUUCUUCCUGACGGUCAUCGCGAAGGACAGUGGCUCGCAGCCCCGCCAGACGUCGUGUUCCUUCAGGGUCGUGGUGGAGGACGUUAACGACAACCCGCCCGUGUUUGACCUGCCGCGGUACGAGCAGACGCUGGCCACAGACCACAACCCGGCCACCCCGGUGCUCAGGGUCUCCGCCUCUGACCGGGACACAGGUGAGAAUGCAAGAAUCAAUUACCACCUUGAGGGGCACCCGAACCACCUGGAGUUCUUCUACCUAGAGCCUCUGACAGGCGUUCUCACCCUAAAGCGACCUCUUCAGCCGACUAUGGCCAACACCCAGAUCUUCCACGUGCGGGUGCGAGCGGUGGAUGGAGGCACGCCGUCCCUGUGGUCCACGGCGCCAGUCACGAUCAAGGUGGUGUCCUCGGGGGAGCUGCCGCCCACUGUGGUCGGCCAACACCCCCGGCAGCCCGCCAUCCCGGAGAACACCACAGAGAACACGGAGGUGGUGGUGCUGUGUGCGAGAUCGAACCUCGCGGACUCUCCCAGUGUUUACUUCACUCUCGUGAACGGCGACACGCCGGACACCAACUCCGAGGGCACAUUUGCCAUCAGACGGCUGCCUGACCAGCAAAGCUCUCUCUGCGGGGACAGCGCCGGCGUCACCGUCUUCGUGGCCACGCGAACCCUCGACUACGAGUUCGUCCAGCUUUACAAACUCAACCUGCAGAUUGUGAACGAGCGCAACGCCCGCCUGGAGCAGCAGGUCUUGGUCACCAUUGUGGACGUGAACGACAACGCGCCGCUGCUGCAGCCCUUCGACGGCGCGGUGCUGGAGAACACGGACAGCACGCUCAUCACCACCAUCCAGGCCGUGGACAAGGACGCCUCCCCAGAGUACAGGAAGCUCACGUACUCGUUCGACGCCACGGCCUCCCACGACGUGAUCACCAAGUUCACCCUCAAGACCAACGGGGAGCUGUGGACGACGGGACCGCUGGACCGGGAGGAGGUGAGCCAGUACCGCGUGCCCAUCCAGGUGACCGACGGCGUGCCAGAUCACGAGCGCAUGACCACCUACUGGAUCACGGUGCAGGACCUCAACGACGUGGCGCCCCAGUUCGACCUCUCGCAGGGGGUGUACGAGGUACAGCUGCCCGAGAACAGGGAAGCCGGCAAGCCCACGGGGAUACGUCUGGCCGUAGAUGACCAGGACAUAGUCAAUCACUUCACGUUCGAAAUCGUCGAGGGAAAUGAAGAGAGAAAAUUCCGGAUCGACCCGCUGGCCCGAACGAUCCUGGUGAACAAGCCGCUGGACUACGACUACCCCGUGAUGGACCGAAACUUUACGCUGCGGGUGCGGGUGGAUGACGGCGUCAACGCCCCGGCCCUGACGGACGUGGUAGUGGCGGUGAUGAACGUGAACGACCUUCAGCCCGUGUUCCAGCGAGGCAACUACUCCUUCGUGGUCACAGAGAACACCGACUGCUCGCACCCACUUGGCCAGGUGUCGGCGCUGGAUCCCGACCUGCCGCCCUCCGUCCACCAGAACAUCCUCUACUACUUGUCCCCCGACGAACAGCGGAACUUCACCAUUGACAGUCGCUCCGGCCAACUCUCCAUACGAGGCUGCCUAGACAGGGAGGCGGCGAUCCGAGGCACUAUGACCCUGUAUCCGCGAGCCAACGACGAGGGCGGAAAGGGCCACGACGCCGACCCCGCCACCGUGCACGUCACCAUCCUGGACCUCAACGACAACUACCCGCACAUCAUCAAGCCGCCCCAGGGUUACGCAAGGGUCAUGGAGAACGUGGAGCCGCACCUGGUGGAGCCGGUGGUACUGGAGCUGGGCGACGCGGACAGCGAGGAGCACGGGUGUCCCUGCUCCCUGGAAUUCCACUCGUCCACGCCCCCGCAAGGAAGGGACAAGUUCACCCUCACGCCUCUGGGCAGGUCCCGCUACCGUCUGAGCCCCUUGACGGUACUGGAUAGGGAGCAGCAGAAGGUGUACCGUCUGGCCUUCACGGCGCGGGACAGUGCGGGGCUGGGUGGCAUUCGGUAUUUGACGCUGGAGGUGGGCGACGAGAAUGACUCCCCCAUGACGGACGGCGCCGCCAGCAUCCGCGUCUACAACUACCAGCAGCCCCUCAGGCCACCUUCCCCCAUGCUCCCUCAGGAUCAGUUUCCCGCUAUGGUCAUUGGCACUGUUCAUGUCACCGACGACGACGACCACGACCGUCAGGACAAGACCUUCGAAGUGGACGCCAGCACCUCCCUCGAAGUGGCGUCGCAUUUCAAGGUUGACUUGUACACGGGGCACAUUACAAUGCUGAGGGGGACUCCGGCUGGCACCCACGUUUUGAGGGUUAAGGUGCACGACAACUUCAGGAGAGAGAUGGCUAUCGGCGAAACGAUCAUCAACGUGGUGGAACUGACGCUGGAGGCGGUGACGCAGUCUGGCUCCCUCCGGCUGGCCAACACCACCACCGAGGUCAUGCUGCAGCCUGUCGAGCCGGGCGCCAAAGAGACCAGCCUUUACGAGCGUCUCAAGAAACAGAUCGCCAGGAUACACCAAAUCUCCGCGACGCAGGUGGACAUCUUCUCGCUGCGUGACGUCCCCGGGAACCUGGGUGUCGACGUCCGAUACAACUGCCACAGCUCACCCUUCUACACCGCCGCUCGCCUCGAUGGACUGCUACUUCGGAGGAGGCAGCAGGUGUCAGCAGCGCUGGGCGUGGACAUCUCUGUCGUAAAUAUCAACGCGUGCCUCUACGAAGCCACGUCUCCUUGUGGCACCAAGAGCUGCCAGCAUAUCCUGCGGCCCAACAUCACGGCGCCGCUCAUGAUCAACGGCGCCACCACCUCGCUCGUCGGUGUGGACAUCACCGACGACUACACCUGCAACUGUGGGCCCCUCGAGCCGCCCCCUUCCGUGUGCUACUCUGGGUUCUGUCUCAACGGAGGAACAUGCCUCGUCAUGAACAGCACACUCACCUGCCACUGCCCCGACGCCUCCAACUACGGCCCGCGGUGUGAACUUCUGACGGCCCGAUUUGAACGUGGUUUUGCCUGGUACGAACCGUUCACCGUUUGUGACCAGUCCUCUCUCUCCCUCGUUUUUGAGACUAACGACAAAAGCGGUGUCCUGUUGUACGCCGGGCCGACUGUGCCUUCCCCGUGGCCUGACUACCCGAGGGACUUCCUGUACGUCAUCCUCCGUGACUGGGUAGUCGAGACUUUCCUGGACUUUGGAACUGGAACCAUGAACAUCUCUAUUCCAGUCGAGGCAACCCCUUUCAGGACCUUUCAGUACAUCCUCACGUGGAGCGACGGCGGCGUGAUGGCUGAGGUCAUAGAGUGCGGCAUCAACAGUACCAUCGACAACUUGGACUCCUGCCGCAGGACCGUGCCCCUGGCCAGGUUCUCCAACAACCCCAGCCACUUGCUCAACACUCAUGGACCCUUGCAAGUGGGCGGUCUCGCGGCAAUGGUCAGCUUCCCUCAGUUAGCUGACUCUUACGGUUGGACGCUCACGCCCCCCAGCACCUUCCCCUUCAGUGGCUGUGUCCUUGAGCUGCGGCACAACGACCGUCUCUACGACCUCAACGCCACAGACUUUCAAAAGCACACCUUCCAGCCGUGUGGCGCCCCCCGUAUGUCCCGGGUGGUGCUUGGCCGCCAGUCCAUCAUCAUUAUCCUCGCCAGCCUCCUCAGCCUCCUGCUGCUGGUGGCUUUGAUCCUCUGCCUGGUGCGCCGCGGAAAGAAGACUGUCUCGUACCCAAACCUGGACCGCGAGCUGGUCAAGGAGACAAUGGGCGGCACCGACUUGGAGGGCUUCGGGGAAAAGGACGUGACGCACUUUGAUCUCAAGUUUCUGCAAGUGACUCCGGACGGCUUCCUUGUGGGGGACGAGAACGAAGGGACGCUGCCGGACGUGGCCCAGGACGCCUGCCAGCGACUCGGCGCCGCCCCGUUGGCCUCCAUGCCCGAGGGCCUCUGCAUCGGGGACUUCAUCAAGGAAAACAUCGCUAAGGUUGAUGAAGAACACCAAGACGUGGACGACGUGCGUUACUACGACUUUCAAGGGGACGAGAUGUCGGCUGCGUCCCUCUCCUCGCUGGCCUCGGGCUCCUCUAAAAGUGACGUAGGGUUUGAUUACCGCACGGACUGGGGUCAACGGUUCGAGCAGUUGGCCAAGAUCUACCGUGCAGAGUCUGACGCGGAGGACGACAGUGAGUAUGAAUUUCCAGACAUUCCGAACAAGCCAUCUAGGGAUCUCUUUUUGCCCGGCAACCCCGCCAGCAAAGCCGGCAAGAUGGAGACCCAGCGCCCUGCUUCCUCCCCCAAAAUCCCGCCGUCCUGUUUAUCCUCCGUAGCCACAAAGGAUCCUUCCCAGACGCCCGUUCCGGCCCAAAAGAGCAACCUUGUGGAGCCUCAGGCGUCCUCACUCCAAAGCCAAAGUGACCUACAGGAAACACACUGCCUCAACACAAGGAGUGGAGCUGCACCCUCGUCUCCCUCUCUCAGGAAAAAAGAACCUCCGCCGCAGCCUAGCCCUCGGACGCUUGGCGCCAGUAAGCCGCGGACACCACCGCCCCCUUUGUCCCUCUCCGGCAAGCGACAGGUAAGCACACCCACCAGGUACACCAACGACUCCAUGGUUACCACCAUUAGCAAUCUGUACACCAACCCAGCCCAGAGGUCGGCCACCCUCGGUAGGAAGAAAACGUCAUCCAGUAGUGCCUCAGAUGCCACAAAGCAAGACGACUCACAGCACCGGUUAACUGGUGACCUCUAUGUACCGAAGAGCGCGGAGAAGACCUCGGCCACUCUCGGCAGGAAGAAAACUUCAUCCAAUGGUGCCUCAGAGGCCAAGGAACAAGACAACUCGCACCACCGGUCAAAUGGUGAUAUCUUUGGCCCAAAGAGCGUGGAGAACUCUGCCACUUUCAACAGAAAGAAAGCUUCAUCCAGUAGUGCCUCAGAGGCCACGGAUCAAGACUCCUCGCAGCACCGGUUAACAAAAGACGUUUUAGGCACAAAAAGCGCGGAGAAGACGGAGAAGACGGCACAGGGUUCCUCCGCGGAUAAGAGGAGUGACUCUGUCACUUGUUUGGCGACAGUGAGAUCGAUGAAAGGAGUAGAAACAUGGUGCUAAGGUGAUGUGUGGCGGCCCGGUGUUAGUGUUUAGUUGUGGCGGCAGACAUACUUAACUCUUGCUCAAAGCUUUUCCUAAUGUACAUGGGCCUUCCAUACGAAUUUACGUUUUAUUGACCAGUACCAUAAAUUCCACGGGGAGUUCAUGUAACUGAGCAUGAACGCCAGUGAUAUUUCUUUUCCCUUCGCAGGAAAGAGCUUGAAUGUUGGUUAUAAGGGAACUAAGUUGAAAAGUACCCAAACAGAAACAAUAUAGAUUACUCAUUUCAGUAAAACGUAUUUUAAGGGCAAAAGUGAAAGUAAAUAAAUCACAAAACCCUUGAGCAAACAGACAACUCUGCUAUGAAUGCUCGCUGCUUCCUUCUUGUGUAAUGAAAAGGGAAUGUAAUGCUGAUUCUUGGAAAAAAGUGCGCGGUUCACACACAGUCGUCUUAGCCACUGUUCUGCUCUGACUUUCUUCCGAUGUUAGUGAGUUAUGCGACGUACAUAUAACACAUGAAACUACUGGUCUUGCGUCACUUCGGCGUCACCUUCUAUCCUUCCCCUCCUGCCACUCAAUGCCUUUUGUGUCCCACCUCGUUCUCCCUUGAAUGCUUGUAUGACCCGCAACCCUUUCUCCGCAGCUGCAGUGACUACGUAAAUGUUUAAUACAGAAAAGUAUAAGAAAAAAACAUACUGGAUUAACAAGAUAAACGUUUUCGUCGUGAUUUUUUUUUUUUUUUUUGGGGGGGGGGGGGGUAGGAAAAAUUGAAGACCUUCCUCUUCAGAGUCGCAAAAAGUCCCUAAGGCGGCCACUGCCGACCUCCUGACUCAGCAAGAGAUUAUUCAAACGAAAUGUUGAUGGAAUCUGUGUUGGCGUGAGUUGGCGUUAGUGCAUGUUGGCUGGUUGUAGAGUUUGCGUUCGACCUUGCCAGCCUUUUGUCAACGCAAGUGUUGAUCCUGUGACUGUUAAAUCAUGUUAGUCUAAGACGCAUAACUCCCUUCUCAUGAAUGUGCGUGUGUGUGUGUGUGUGUGUGUGCGCGCUCGGUUUCUUUUUUUGUGUGAACGUGUGUACGUGGAUGCGCGCGCGCGCAGUCGUGUGUGUGUGUGUGUGUGUGUGUGUGUGUGUGAGAGAGAGAGAGAGAGAGAGAGAGAGAGAGAGAGAGAGAGAGAGAGAGAGAGAGAGAGAGAGAGAGAGAGAGAGAGAGAGAGAGAGAGAGAAAACUGCUUGAUCUCAUGCAUGACUGUGCAUCAUGUUAUCACGUCGUUGCACUUCCGACUGCUACGUCUCGUUAUUACUCUUCUCCAGCUCUAAGAUAAAUGUUUUCCUUGUCUAAAAAGAAAGUAGUCGGUAAGACGUUUCGUAUAUUUGAUUGUAGCUGCUGCCUAAGGAAUGGUGUUAUGAAUUCGUAAUCGUGAUACCACAGAUGAUUGUAUAUUGAUAAAUGGCUUGGAUGUGACUAACUGAAGCAGUGUACAUAUCAUAACCUUAUCAGAUGUAUAACUCUCCGUUACUGUCACGUUCACUGAGGUGUGUCGGCGACACAGGGGCUGGUCUGUCUCAGUGCCUCGUCUGCCGCUGGACGCAUCGCCGACUCGCCGGCCGUCACGGCGCCCACACGCCACGCUGUAUAACCAGUCUCACGCUCUUGACCCAGAUAUGAGAGACGAAAAAAAUGCCUCUUAACUAUAUAGUGUGUCCCUGUUUGAUUCACAGUAAACGGGGCAGCAUUUGGUUGAUCUGACGUGCAUAUUGUAUGUUGAUAAUAAGAAUCACUUAUUCAUUAGGAGUAAGUUUGCGAACAUAUAUGGUAAUUGUUGCUCAUUGAAUCCCCUUUCCUCUUGAGA